AACAGAUACUUGGACAACAAUAGACUCACUAAUGUACCUCCAGAUGCUUUUAACGACCUGACUAGCCUCAAGUAUCUGAAACUAGACCGUUUCAUCCUUUGUUGCUACGCUAAGAAAUCAGUCGAAGGAGUUACCUGUGAUUCUCCAGCUGAUGAGUUCUCGAGCUGUGACGACCUGAUGAAGAACAAAACGCUUCAGAUCUGCAUUUGGAUUCUGGGAAUCCUCGCCUUCCUUGGCAACCUUCUGGUUAUAAUAUGGCGGAUCAUUGAUAAAGAAGAGAACAGCGUUCAUUCGUUCUUCCUGACAAAUCUUGCCGUAGCUGACAUGUUUAUGGGUGUCUAUCUUUUGACAAUAGCAAUUGUGGACGCGAGAUGGCAUGGUGAAUAUUUUAAGCAUGACAUGAAAUGGAGGGCAGGUAUAGGCUGUCAAAUUAUUGGAGUUCUAUCCAUGCUCUCUAGCGAGGUGUCUGUGCUGAUUUUGACAGUCAUCACCAUCGACAGAUUAAUCUGUAUCGUCUUCCCUUUCAAGUUCAUGCGUCUUACUUACAAGUCUGCCGUAUCCACCUGCGCAGCAGUGUGGAUACUUGGCAUAGUCAUCUCCGUGAUUCCCAUCACUGGAAUAAAAUAUUUUUACGAUGAAAGUGGUGAUUUCGGUUUUUACAGUCGCUCAGCUGUUUGCCUUCCUCUUCAACUAUCCGAAGAAACACCUGCCGGCUGGGAAUAUUCCCUGAGCUUUUUCAUCGGCUUAAACUUCGUUUCUUUCACGUUUAUCUUGGUGGCGUAUGUCUUAAUGUUCUGGACGGUUAAGCGUGCUGCCCGCGCUGUUCGGUCGACGAGUAUGAACAAAGAAUCUGCAAUGGCCAAGCGACUUAUUUUUAUAGUGAUGACAGACUUCUGCUGCUGGAUGCCUAUAAUUAUUAUCAGCAUUUUGUCUCUGACAGGAAAUUUUUAUGAUCCGCACAAAAUUGCCUUCGUGUGGAUCGCAGUGUUUGUUCUUCCGUUAAACUCUUCCCUUAAUCCAAUCCUGUAUACAUUUUCUACCGAGAGAACGAAACGAAGUUUAUCCAGAAAGAGGAAAAAUAUCACUGGUAUGGUUAUGAAGACCUUGAAUAGUCGCGCUGGAGGUGGAUCGAAAAAUAAUCAAUCUACUAUGGACUACUUGAGAACGUAUGCUGAAAACACUUUGGUCUCCACUGCCGAUUCCAGUCCCCAGCCGGUUAUAAGAGUUGUGGAAAAACGGAAACAAAAAAGUAAACAAGUGAACACUAAAUUAAAGCUGAUCGAAGUAGUGGAUAUCUUUAAAGAUGACACUGCAGGGAAGCGUUCAACUGGUUACGUCACCGCUUGGUGCGAGGAAGAAGGAGUACUUGGCAUGGUAUUACUGAAGUACUUCGGAAAGGAAAUGAAGGAAGACUGGACUCGAGAGAUCGAUUUAGUACAAGACCUAUCUAGUAACGAAGAUCCGCAUGACAAUCUUCUUCAUUAUCGCUGGCACUCUAAAGCGUCUGAACAGAGCAUUGAAUAUGGAAAUAAGAAGAUCCAUGAGAUACAAGGAAGUAGUUGGCUCAUUUGUUACGAUUUUGAGUCGAGCUCCACUUUGGAAGAUUUUCUUUCGGAGAAAGGAAUUGUUAUCGACUUCGACCCAGUAUGCGCUGUAGCUUGUGACGUCAUCAGCGCCAUAGAACGUCUGCUGGAUUAUGAGAUGGCUCAUAACAACAUCACAACUGGCAACAUUUUGAUCAGCCAAUGUUCAAGAGUACCUCCGAUCAAAGCCGUUUUGGGUGGAUUCUCUCAAGCGUCUACCGUGAAUGGUGCAGGUGCGUUCAUAAACUCGGCUGUCGACGAUCAGAGUUGCCAUGGCCAAGACAUUGAGCAGUUUGGACAUUUGCUUGCUACCUUAUUAGGACACUGCCAUGGCUCCAGUGAAUACGUUAAGUUGCAUGAGAUUAUGAACCUGUGUUUCGAGGAUACCGAGAAGAGGCCUAAAGCAAGUUACAUCCGCGAUUUAUUGGAAGAAACUUGGUGCGCUGAGGGAGUUUGGGAUACAUACCUAUGAGGAAACUAAAAAAAACAUUCGAAAUUGGUUGCUUCAUCACAUUUGGUACCGCGUUUGAAGUAGUUGCAUGAGUGAAAUCGACGAUUUUUCAGAGUAUUUGGUCAGCUUUUUUACAUUACCCUCAUUGAAACAAAAAACGUCCAUCGACUAUUUGCCGAACAUGGAAAAUUUGCUGUAUAGGUGCUCUCUAUCAUGGAUAGGUCGUCGUAGAAGCAGAAAACCACUGCCUUACGAAAUGACUACGCAACUAUCACAUUUGGUAGAUUUUAGAAAUGUUUGUCGAUUCCUUAUUUAUCAAUGAUAAUGAUAAUAAUAAUAAUAAUAAUAGUAAUAAUGAUAUUUAAACAGGAAGCUCUCUCUCACCCGUAGGUGAUCUACAGAGACGUCCUGAUCCAAAAUAACAUUAAAUUGUUAAAAGUAAGUACACAAAUUGCAGAUAUUAAAAGAGUACAAAAGUAUGCUAUAGAUUAGAAGAUUUGAAAAAUUAUUUCUAAACUGACAUAUAGUGCCAGGGUUCUUCAAGUCACUGUCCAAGGCAUUCCAGUCUUUGAAGGCAUGAUAAGAGGUUCUUUGUUUACCCCUGUUCCGUUUUAUUGAUGGAAGUCCCAGAUGAUCUUUGCAACUAGUGUUGUAUCUACGUACUUCGCUGUUUCUAGAUAAUGUACUUCCAUUCGCGCAUUUAUAAACAUAUAAACAGCGAUGGAAGUGCCUGCUGUUUUUUAAAUUCAACCAGCCGAACUGAUUGAGAGCAUGGGUUGCAGAAGAGUACAAUGGUUUAUCUAGAGUUUUCUGUAAGAUAGAUGAGGUAAAAUGCGCGCUAUUGACCAUGUUGCGUGUAAACUAUGACCAUAGUGCGUGUAAACUUAAAGCUAUUCUAGAAAAGCAGUAAACCAAACCUUUAUAAGUUUACCUUCAGUUGAUAAUAACCCAUUUUGAGUCGAUUUUGGGAAAAGGCGAAAAACAUUUUUUGAUCAGUUGCCUUUUGCUUGUGAUGUGAAAGGGUACUUUGCAUGGGUUGUUCUGCUGGUAAACGAAAUGAAAGU